GGGAGGACGGAUAAACGGCGCAGAGCGACUCAACCGGAUUUGAUACCCGAAGGAGGGCAGGAAUGCUACGGUGAUUCCCCUCUCUUCUCUCCCGACACCCACCUCCUCCUCAACCACCUCCUCCUCUUCCUCCUCCUCACCUCCUCUUCAUCUCGGAGCCCAGACGCGCUCUUGUGUUUUUUAUUGGUUUGGUGUUUUUUUUUUAUUCUGCCUGUGCUCUCCAGCGGAUAACAGAACAUUUCACGCUCCGAGGAGAACCGACUUUUUAUUGCCUCUUCUCCUCCAGGCGCGCGCACGCAGAGAGGAACUGGGUUUUCCAUCAGUGGAUGUGUUGGACACCUCAUGUGAGAAGCGAUACUACUUGGAAGAAGUGAACGUUUUCCACUGGCUUGUAUGAAUUUGGGGAGGGACAUUUCCUUGGCUGCGCACGGAGCUCCUCACUUCCAAGGCUGAUCUGGUUCACUGUGCAGAGGACAACACCAGGGAUGAGCUAAAGGCUCUGUGAUUGGAGGAGAGAGGGAAUGAACAAACUGUGAGAGCGAAGAACCAGGAGACGAGAGGCAGCGACGUGAAGGACAUCAGCUCGGUGGGAGCGGCGCUCCACUGAGAGGCAGCAGAGAGCCGGGGUCGGAGUGAAGCGCUCGGUUGCUCAGGUCGGACCAGAAGCCAACGCUGAAGAUGAAGCGCCAGGGCCUCGGGCUCCUGAGGGCCCUCCUGGUGCUGCUGGGGGUGUGUGCACUCUGCAGUGUCGCGUUCGGAACCCGGAGAGGAAACACCGCCUUGAAUCAGAGGAGCCACAGAUACAGAAACUCAGGUGUGUAUGCCAUGUCCGUGUCGGAGGACAAAGUCCCCGGAGAGGAGGUGGGACGGCUGAAGGCAACGACCCCGACUCGGGACAACGGCCUUGUGAACUACCGCCUGGUGGACGGAGACGGGAUGAGCAUGUUUGAGCUGAGCACCGACUCCGAGACCAGAGAGGCUGUGGUCAAACUGAAGAAGAUGGUGGACUAUGAAACUAAAAGGUUGUACACGUUGAAGGUGGAGGGAGCCAACACCUAUAUUGACCCUCAGUACCUCGCCUGGGGGCCUUAUAAGGAUGAAGCAACAAUAAAGAUAUCAGUGGAGGAUGCAGAUGAGCCUCCUGUGUUUGUGGCUCCCAGUUACACCUUUGAGGUGGAAGAGAACGCGCCCGAAGGCACCGUGGUGGGACGAGUCCACGCCAAAGACACUGACGUUGCCAACAACCCUGUCAGGUACAUGAUCCCUCGCUACACGGACGUCGAGCAGUUCUUCAACGUGAACGCAGAAGACGGUAGGAUCACCACGACCAGGCCGCUGGACAGAGAAGCACAGGCCUGGCACAACAUCUCUGUGUCUGCAACAGAGAUCGGAGGCCACCACCAAGACACAAAAGUGCGUGUUAACAUCAAAGUGAAGGAUGUGAACGACAACUCCCCAGAGUUCGCAACCAACAACGAGGUCCUCAUGUGUGAAACGGUGGCACCUGGGAAGGUGAUUGAAACAGUCAGCGCUGUGGACAAAGACGAGAUGGUUCACAGGCAACACUUCACGUUCAGCCUCGCUCCCGAAGUCGCACACAACCACAACUUCUCCCUGAAAGACAACCGAGACAGCACAGCCAGUAUCUAUGUGCUGCGUAAAGGAUUCAGCCGUCUCACCCAGGACGUUUACUUCCUUCCCAUCGAGAUAAACGACAACGGCCUGCCGUCUCUGAGCAGCACCAACACGCUGACCAUCCGGGUGUGUUCCUGCGACAGCAAAGACACAAUCCUGUCCUGCAACGUGGAGCCCUACGUCCUCCCCGCGGGUCUCAGCACCGGGGCGCUCAUCGCUAUCCUGGCCUGUAUCGUCAUCCUGCUCGCUAUCGUGGUGUUGUUUGUGGCACUGAGGCGUCAGAAGAAGGAGCCAUUGAUAGUGUUUGAGGAGGAGGACAUCAGGGAGAACAUCAUCACCUACGAUGACGAGGGCGGCGGCGAGGAGGACACGGAGGCUUUCGACAUCGCCACACUGCAGAACCCAGAUGGUGCAAAUGGUUUCCUGCCCAGGAAGGACAUCAAACCGGAGCUGCAGUAUCCCAUCAGGCCCGGCCUCGGCCACACCGGAGCCAACAGCGUCGACGUGGACGACUUCAUCAAGACUCGGAUCGCAGAGGCCGACUGCGACCCCACCGCCCCCCCCUACGACUCCAUUCAGAUCUACGGCUACGAAGGCAGAGGAUCAUUGGCUGGUUCAUUGAGUUCCCUGGAGUCGGUCACCACAGAGUCGGACUUGGAUUAUGACUACCUGCAGAGUUGGGGGCCGAGGUUCAGGAAGCUGGCGGAUUUGUACGGGACCAAAGAAGGCUCCAUUGACGAUGCCGAUGACGGUGAAGACUCUUAACAGUGGUCUCACUGAGUGGACGCCCCCCCGAUUUUCGAUUCCCUGAUCCCAUGAGGAUUCGCUAACUGAGGCAUAACACUUCCCCGGUGGCCGGUUGUUACCGACUGAUCCGUUCACACCAACCAACGUUAACAGCCCUUCAUUCCCCGGCACCUCCUCGGUCCUCCAAGACGAUUUGCUGACGGACAAAUAAUGACCGCUUGGACUCCAACCUCCCCCCCCCCCGGUUCCCUCCUUUACCUUCCUAUAUCUCUUUCCUUCUCUCUAUUUCUACAGACUUGAGCAUUGUAGGGCUGGGAGAUUUGUUAUAUCACCAUUUGUCUGUCUGUAAGUAAAUCGCUGGGAGAAAACAAUGUUGCUGUAUGAUCAAAAAUGACUUGCUUAUAGCAAAAAUGUUUAAUCGAGUUCCUAGAUACUUUUGUGGACUGGAUUCGCCUCCUUCCUCCGAAGAGAUUUUAGUCCCUUAGCAGGUUCCUGAGUGGUCUUAACAGGUCACAUGGUAGCUCUCUUUGUCAUGUAUGUAAACGACGCGCUAGAAAAAGAGAGGAAGCGAGAGAUAAAGCAAAUUAAAAGAGAAAGUCAGAGAUGGAUCCAGCAACUGCCUGUUUUAAUGGGAAAGGAAUGAAAGGUACCUUUGUGUAGGCUCAAACAAAAUGCUUUCCUGUCCCGACGUGUUGUUGUGUUGUGUGCAGAAUUCAGCAGGUACUGUGAUUUCGACAGCGUGACAGACUCUGGGUUGUUGAUACUUUGAAGAUGCUCUCAGCGUCCUCACAGUAUGGUGGCCUUAUAAUAAAUAAACAACAACUCCAGGGGUAAACACAACAGGAGGAACAAUAGAGACCGCUAACUUCAGUAGCUACACACAGACAAACGAGUAUCUACGACAAUGCUCCUCACGUACCUGUUUUUUGUACUCCCCCCCUAAAAGAGACAAGCUACACACAGAUUCAAUUUCAAAACCACGGAUGAUUCUUUGUUUUCAUUCUUCACUGAAGAGAAGACGUGACGCCCCGUCCUCCCCGUCCCCCAGUACACGCCCCCCCGUGUCCCCUCCCAUCAACGAUCACUUCCCAUUACCAAGUCCACCGAUGAAUGAUCACACGCUCAUUCGGAGUCCACCAAUGCUGAUCAAUCACAAUGAGUAAAAACCUGUGAGCUCUAAAAAUCGCCUUAAACUUAAUGGACACUCUUGCAAACGCAGUGCAUUCUCCGUUUUUAAUCUUCUUUUCCGUUUUUCUUUUUGUAACUUGAAAAGUAUAUUCAGAACGCAAACUAUUCUCCAUGCUAGGUAUGUACAGAGCAACGUGCAGACAUGUGGUAAAUCACUCUGAGGAUCCGGCUUGCACCUCGUGCACUCUUAAAGGUUCAGUGUGUAGGAUUUAGUGACACCUAGUGGUGAAGUUGCGUGUUGCAGCUGAACACCACUCGCCUCACCCUCCCCCUUCCAGAGAGACAACCUGUGGUAGCUUCAGAUGUUGUAGAAACUCAAAAGGUUUAGUUUGUCCAGUUUGGGCUACUGUAAAAAAAACAUGGCGGGUUCGCUCCCGAUGUAAAUAUAAAGUAUUUAAAUGUAAAGGGCCCAUUCUAGGGUAGAGAAAAUAACAAUUCGUACAAUUUAGAUGAUUAAACACUUCUAGGAUUAUUUUAUAUUCCAGUUCUGCAGAUGGAUCCAUUUUGACCUAAACCUUACACACUGGACCUUGAGAAUAUAGAAUGUUCUGUUUCUACCAGUCAAUGAGGCGUCCAAGAAAAUGUGCGUUGUGUUUGUUUUCCGAACACCGACAAUGUUUCGUAGCGACAUCUGUUGUAUCAACACGUGUUGCUCUUUGAACAUAGAAUGUGCAAAUCUGAAAAUAUUACACAAAGUGUGUUUUGUUGGAGCCACGAACCAGAAGGGGCCGAAACCAGAACAUCCUGUUUGAGCACGAAGGUUCUCGUUCAAUCUCUUUUUUUUUAAAUGUUAUUAUAUUAUUAUGAUUAUUAUUAUUGCUGUUUUUUAUUAUUAUUAUUAUCAUUAUUAUGACAGUAAUUGUCCUUUCUUUGGCUGCAGCUACACAGGAACAAAUCACGUUUAACUUUUCGCAGCUCACAUGUAAAGUUGAAGAAGAAAAGAAAAGUUAAAUCUCAGCUUUGGUUUACAACCUCUUUCUUUUUAUUCUUUUUGUUUCUUUUCUGUUUUCCAUCUUUGUCGUUCUUUCUCCCGGUUCCAGAGGGAAAACGAGCGAUCUGUGUUUGUUGCAGCGAGAGAACGCCUCGUUUCUAUUCUCUGUCAAGUUUUAUGGUACCGAUUUGUACAAUUUUAAAAGUUCUUAUUUUAGUAUACAUGCAGAAUAUUCCAGUAUUACAACAAAAACAUGUUAAGAAAGAUAAGAUUAAAAAAUGUUACAGCAUCACACUUAUAUUUUCUGAACAUUGUACUGUUGCUUUACUAUGUGCUUCUAUCUCCGAAGCGAAAAAAAAACUUUGAAAUAAAUGCUCUUUUUAUAAAAUGA